GUACGUGGCAUGGAAAUCAGCUAGAGAUAUGGGGCUGACUUUCACAAAGCUAUUCAGCCGGCUUUUUGCCAAGAAAGAGAUGCGAAUUCUGAUGGUUGGUCUUGAUGCAGCUGGUAAGACCACCAUAUUGUACAAGCUCAAGUUAGGUGAGAUUGUGACCACAAUCCCCACCAUUGGCUUUAACGUUGAGACUGUGGAAUAUAAAAACAUCAGCUUCACUGUUUGGGAUGUUGGUGGCCAGGACAAGAUCCGACCUUUGUGGAGGCACUACUUCCAAAACACUCAGGGUCUUAUAUUUGUUGUGGAUAGCAAUGACAGAGAUCGUAUUGUUGAGGCAAGGGAUGAGUUGCAUAGGAUGUUGAAUGAGGAUGAAUUGCGAGAUGCUGUUUUACUUGUGUUUGCAAACAAACAAGAUCUUCCCAAUGCAAUGAAUGCUGCUGAGAUUACUGAUAAGCUUGGACUUCACUCCCUUCGUCAACGCCACUGGUAUAUACAGAGCACGUGUGCCACUUCGGGAGAGGGUCUCUAUGAGGGGUUGGACUGGCUCUCGAACAACAUCGCUAAUAAGGCUUAAUCAGCCAGGAACUGUGUUUUGGGAGACGGGCGGUAAAUAGUAUCUACUUUUGCUUUGUUAGGAAGCUGUGUAUUUUUUUUGUUUUGUUUUUUUUGUUGUUGUUCUUGUAUGGAGUGAUUGGAGAUAGUUUUGGAUUUCAUUUUGUUUUGGUUGCUCUGAUUCACUGCUUUUGUACAAUGCUACUGCUUGGAUUUGCAUUCCUAUUUAAUGAAUCACUGAACACAUCUGUUUUCCAGAUU